UCUUUGGCGAGCAGGCAGCGCAACACGGUCUAGUCAGCCGCCGGGAAGCCAACAGAAAUGUCUGAAGGUGGGAGCCAGGAAGCCGCUGGGGCCUCGAACGGCAGCGGCAGCCCGACGAAACGGACACCCAGACCAGCCGUUGGCAACAAAGUGACUGUGGUGCUCGGGGCUCAGUGGGGCGAUGAGGGGAAAGGGAAAGUUGUGGACCUGCUGGCACAAGAUGCGGACAUGGUGUGCCGAUGUCAGGGCGGCAACAACGCUGGACACACAGUGGUGGUCGACUCAGUUGAGUAUGACUUUCACCUCCUGCCCAGCGGCAUCAUCAACCCCAAAGUCACGGCCUUCAUCGGUAAUGGUGUUGUGAUCCAUCUUCCAGGCCUGUUUGAAGAGGCAGAAAAGAACCAGCGCAAAGGAAAUGGUCUAAAAGACUGGGAGAAACGGCUGAUCAUCUCAGACAGAGCACAUAUAGUGUUCGACUUCCACCAAGCGGUUGAUGGCGUUCAGGAACAGCAGAGGCAAGAGCAGGCGGGCAAGAACCUCGGGACAACAAAGAAGGGGAUCGGUCCCGUUUACUCUGCCAAAGCAGCACGAAGUGGACUCAGGAUCUGUGAUUUGUUGGCUGACUUCAAUCAGUUCUCAGAAAGGUAUAAAGUUCUGGCCCAGCAGUACAAGGAUAUGUAUCCAACACUGGAGAUUGACAUAGAGGGAGAGCUGGUUAAGUUAAAGGACUAUGUGGAGCGGCUUAAGCCCAUGGUGAGGGACGGUGUGUACUACAUGUAUGAAGCUCUUCACGGACCUCAGAAGAAAGUCCUGGUUGAGGGAGCCAACGCAGCACUACUGGACAUAGACUUUGGGACAUAUCCAUUUGUGACAUCGUCCAACUGUACAGUGGGUGGGGUGUGCACUGGCCUCGGCAUGCCUCCUCAGAACGUCGGAGAGGUUUAUGGGGUCGUUAAAGCGUACACCACCAGAGUGGGCAUCGGUGCCUUCCCCUCAGAGCAGUGCAACGAGACUGGAGAGUUGCUUCAGACUCGAGGGAAGGAGGUUGGCGUGACCACAGGCAGGAAACGACGCUGUGGUUGGCUGGAUCUGGUUCUCAUCAAAUAUGCUCACAUGAUCAAUGGCUUCACUGCAUUGGCUCUCACCAAACUUGACAUACUCGAUGUAUUCUCCGAGAUCAAAGUGGGUAUAGCGUACAAAGUCGAUGACGAAAUUAUACCUCAUUUUCCAGCCAAUCAGGAGCUGUUGCAGCGUGUUGAGGUUGAGUACGAGACCCUGCCGGGUUGGAACAGCGACACGUCGGCUGCUAGGAGCUUCGAGGAGCUGCCUGACAAGGCUCAGAAAUAUGUUCACUUUAUUGAAGAGCAUGUGGGAGUGCCUGUUAAAUGGAUCGGAGUGGGGAAGUCUCGAGAAUCCAUGAUCCAGCUGUUCUAGACGGAGGAAGAAACACGAGGACCACGUACAGCAGUGAAUCAAAUGUACCUUUCACCCCCAGCUCCUCGCACACAACUGCCUUUCUCUGCUCUCGGCUGGAGACACGACCACCUCUGCUCUUCGUGUUUUACCAUCGGACUGUCCCGUGGAACAUACAUCACACUUCAUCACACUGACCACUGAGUUUGAAAGGUUUUCAGCAUCCCCAUUAAAAUGUUUUCAACUUCGUAAUAACAGCAUCCAUUUUAAUUUGUCUGUUUAAUGUUGUAAACAUUUAAUGCAGACAAACUGCGCAGCAGCUGCUUCAGAU